AUGGCGGCUCCCGGCGUGGAUGGAGCCUCCAUGAUCAAUGUCGCUGUGCGCGUACGACCUUUCACCAUACGAGAAGCUGCGCAGCUCACACGAACCGAUGAUGGACCUCUGUUCUUGGGCGAUGGAUCGCUGGCGGCUGUACCUGCACCACAAAUGAAGUCGAAGGGGAUCAGGAGCGUGAUCAAGGUCGUGGAUGAGAAGUGCUUAGUAUUCGACCCUCCCGAUGAGACCUCCGUGCAGCGAUUCGGGCGACACAUGCCCAUGGGCAAGCGGGUCAAGGAUCAGACCUUCGGCUUCGAUCGAGUCUUUGACGAGAACACGACUCAAGGCGAUGUUUACGAAGCGACAACGAGGAAUCUUCUGGACUCCGUCAUGGACGGCUUCAACGCAACCGUUUUCGCAUACGGCGCUACUGGCUGCGGCAAGACCCACACAAUCACUGGCACAGCGCAACAACCGGGCAUUAUCUUUCUGACCAUGCAAGAGCUGUUCGAGAAGGUGGAUGAGGUUCAGACGGACAAGGAGAGCGAGAUCACUCUCUCAUACUUGGAGAUAUACAACGAGACGAUUCGAGAUCUGUUGAGUCCAGGCGCAGGCGGCAAGCAAGGGCUGAUGCUGCGCGAGGAUGCGAAUCAGGUGGUGUCCGUGGCUGGGCUAUCAUCGCACAAGCCGCAAAAUGUCGCAGAGGUCAUGGAUAUGGUCAUCCGAGGGAACGCAUGCCGGACACAGUCGCCAACUGAGGCAAAUGCGACCUCCUCGCGCUCGCACGCAGUGUUGCAGGUCAACAUUAGUCUGAAGGACCGAAAUGCUUCCGUGAAUGAGCCCGUCACCAUGGCUACCCUCUCAAUUAUCGACUUGGCUGGCUCAGAGCGAGCUUCAGCCACCAAGAAUCGAGGCGAGAGAUUGCUAGAAGGUGCCAACAUUAACAAGUCACUCCUUGCGCUCGGCUCCUGCAUCAACGCGCUUUGCGACCCAAGGAAGAAGAAUCACGUCCCAUACCGUAACAGCAAACUCACGCGACUGCUGAAAUUCAGCUUGGGCGGCAAUUGCAGGACAGUGAUGAUCGUCUGCGUAUCGCCGAGCAGCCAGCACUUCGACGAGACACAAAAUACCCUCCGCUACGCCAACAGAGCCAAGAACAUCCAGACCAAGAGUGUGCGAAAUGUAUACAACGUCGACAGACACGUCAAGGACUACCUCAAGAAGAUCGACGAGCAGAUGAAUCGCAUUAACGAGCUUACUGCGCAACAGAAGCAGUACGAGGACCUGGCGUUCGUCAAGUUCAGGAAAGCGGAGGCGAAGAGGAGCGAGUUGGCGCAUGAAGGUGUCUUGAGGAUACGGACAGCAUUUGAGCACAGCGUGGAAGAGCGGAAAGAGCGUGUGAACAACAUGAGAAGACUACGGCAGAUCGAGAGACGGAUCGCAGCUUUGAGCGGAUGGAUUGGUGCUUUUGACCAGGUCUGUGAGACGAGAGAGGAAGAGGAGCCGCCUGCAUCUCUCAGUGGCAUGCGUAAGACGGCGCAGGGUAUACUGGUUGAGCUGGAAGGUAGCAGGCAGCAUUACCACCAGAGACUGGCGAAGAGCAACUGGACUCGGGCGGUCGACACAGCGUUACAGGAUGGCCUGCGUCAACUGCAGGGUCUUGAUGGUGCUGUGCCGGAUAGCAUGGAAGAGGCGAGUUUGAGGAAGGAAGUCGAGCUGCUGAAGUACCGGGCUGAUCUCGACGCCAACAUUUCUGUCCUGGACGACUCGAAGAACACGGAGGCUGCUUUGAUGCAGGUCAUGCUCACGGCGCACUUUGAGACGAUCGCCAUCCUCAACCAGAUCUUGCAGAUGAGCGAGGAGGAUGCUGUGGCAGCCGCAAGGAACGUUCUGGGCAAGUUGCUGCAAAGCUGCACAGAAGCGACGGGCCAGGUCAUCAAGCCUGAUGGUGGUCUGCAAAUCAUCGAAGCCGUCGCACCUACGCGCCACGGUACCCCAAGAAAGCGCAAGCAGGUGCCUCUCAUAGGCCCCAGUCCCCUCAAAUCAAAGAUCAGACCCUCACUCGCACCCGCAUCUUCCCUUCCACCACACAUGGCCCCGGAUGCGCACCAAACAUCAUCACCCCAUAUCUUCGGUGGCAGUCCAAUGCGCCCGAUGGGCUCGCCUAGGCGACGAGUCAAGCUCGGAGGCGCGAGGAAAGGCAUCACGUUUGGCAAUGGUACUCCGAAGAAGAAGUCGCCGACCAAGAAGCGAGCAGUGCGAUGGCGCGAUGAUGCAGAGGAAGGCGCACCCUUAGCUGAGUUCCAGACUACGCCAAAGCCGCUCGAGAGCUCGCCUGUCGAGGGUGAGGGUACUGGCGAACUACCCACUGCGCCUGUACUUCGCCAUGACGUCGGUGGUGGAGAGGCCGGCUCUAGUCCCCUGCCCACUGCCCCUGUUCCAAGCAGCGAAGCGAGAAGGACGACAGGCACAGGACGCUUUGCAGCUGGCUUCCUGGCCAAAAAGGGCGAUGGAAGUCCAAUACCUUUGCACGCCCCUCCAGCUCUAACCCUAGGCGCCUUUUCCAGCUCAGACGCAAGCAGUCCCCUCCGCGAAAUGGCCGCCAAUUCCGCACCUUCUUCCCACCGCCUCUCCCACCACGUCAGCGAGGCGAGUAGUAAUAAAGAAAACGACGAUCAUGCUUCCCUGAGCAGUGGCUCGGAUUCCGAGCGCUCCCUCAACAAUGGCGGUAUAGAUAAGGAAACAGCGGGUAAAAUUCGCUCGGCCAUGAAACUGAAACGUACUUCCUCCAUCGGCGGUAAUGGUCAUCACCACGGCGGCACGGGAAGACAGGGUAGUAGAGAAUCAGCGGCACAUCGUCGUCGCUCACCUACUGCCUCGGCUUCUUCACGGGACAGUCCACCCCCGGAUAACGUCAACGGUGCUAGUGGUGGAAAUAUCAAUAGCAGUAUCUUCUCCGCCUCCCACGCCCGCCGCAUGGUCAAGAGCGAGCGCGAAGAAGCGCUGAGGUCUGUCCUCUCGCCUCGCACGCAGCCGGUUGUUAAGCAAGCUUCUGGUCCUAUGGCUGUGAGGAGGAGUUUGCAGGCUGAGAGUGGUGCGGCUGGUGGUGGAGGAGGGAUGAGAGAUGGUAUGGCCGUUGGUGCUAGUGGUGUGACAGGGGCGCCGAGGGGACAUGUGAGGGUUUCUUCCAUUGUGCCGGGCAGUGCGUCGAGGGCUAGUGGGGUCGGGGGAAAAGCUGCUUGGCGAUAG